AACGUUGUAAGUUGGCAGCAAUGACAGACGGAUAAUCGGAAGGACAGCUUAAGUAACGAUUUUUAGAGGUUAUUUAGCGUACUCCGAAAGAUAGUGUUGGUCGGGAAAAGCCUUCUUCGAGCUGCGUCCAGAGGAAUAUCGACAGGAUGUCCAGGAGAAACCCCGGGGACGAUUAUAGAAAAGGGUCAAGUGUCUACAGAGCCGAGGACAGGAGAGGGGAUGAUAGGGAUAGGGACCGUUCGCCACUCAGAUCCGAGGAGCACUGCGACUCAGAUGACAGCAAUCAGUCCGACUCCAAGAAACAAAAGUUAGCAUUCGGUUUUGGGAAGAAGGCUGGCAACGAACAGAAGAAAGGAAUUCAGAUUAAAUUAGGUUCUGCUUCCAAACCAACUCCAAAAGCAACGACAGUACAAAAACCGACAGUGGCCGCGGUGUUUAAUACGGAUGAAGAUGAUGAGCCAGAGGAGAUGCCGGCGGAAGCGAGGAUGAGGAUGCGAAAUAUCGGUCGCGAAACACCGACAUCAGCUGGGCCGAAUUCAUUCGGCAAAACGAAGCAAGGAUUUUGCGAUUCAAAAAAAAUAUUUGAAAAAACGCUGAAAAAAGCAAUGGAAGAUGCAAACAAAUGAUUUUUUUCCAUUGCAGCAUAUCUAAAUAUGUAUAUAUAUAUAUGUAUA